UCAUUUCAUAGUUCUUAGUGGCAUUAGAUUAUACAUAUCGAGUGAAGAGCCCUCCGAAAACUUAGUUCACAUAGUUACAUUUAUAAUGAAAGUGUAUUUACCUACUUGGUUUCAAAUAAAAAUCAGUGAUUCAAUAACAGAUGGUGCGAGACAUGUCUUCACUAUGAUUAAAAAUUCUCGAUACUUGCCAAAACGUCUUUUAAAAGUAGUUGAUCCUGUUAUUCAGCUUAUUUCGCGCAUCCUGAAAAUUUGCUUUUGUCUAUGCUCACAGAUGAAAAUCUUAAUGUACGUAAGAUCGGGUUGCAAAGAAUUUUAAAAGCCAGAGAGAAGACUCCUACUGCGGAGACUUCGGUGCGCUCGUUCCUUUUUCCAAAACUAAACUUUAAUGCCACUAAGUACUAUGAAAUGAUCGACUGGUCUUCUACAGCAGUAUCACCUCCUCCAGUACUUAGGAAUGUGUCAAAUGCAGUUUUGGUAUCUUCCAUUGAUAACCAACUAUCAAUCGGUCAAAGCAACUUGCUAAGCUUUCCAUGCCACACUCAAGCAGUACAGCGAACUGUUAAGCUUGUUACUGAAGCGUCGAAGAAGUUUGCCUAAAUUUGAGAACAAGUCCCAGUAUACAACAGACAAAUAAAACAAAAUC